GAGCGCCGGACUGCAACUCCGGCAGGUAGGGUUUCGCUAACGCAGCGGGUGGGCGCGGCCGCCGGCUAUAUAAGGACGGCUCCACCCUCCCCUCCCCACCGCCGCCUCCAGAGUUCAGAGUGCAGACCACCCACCACCGUCUCCCUCCCCACUUCAGUCCGGAGAGCUCGGGAAGGAGGAAGCAGGGGCAGGCGAAGCGGCGGGAGCGGAGGACCGACGAGAUGCAGAUCUUCGUGAAGACGCUGACGGGGAAGACCAUCACCCUCGAGGUGGAGAGCAGCGACACCAUCGACGCCGUCAAGGCAAAGAUCCAGGACAAGGAAGGCAUCCCUCCGGACCAGCAGCGCCUCAUCUUCACGGGGAAGCAGCUGGACGACGGCCGCACCCUCGCCGACUACAACAUCCAGAAGGAGUCCACGCUCCACCUCGUGCUUCGCCUCCGCGGCGGCGGCUGCAUGAUCGAGCCCAACCUCAAGGCCCUCGCUCAGAAGUACAACCAGGGCAAGCUCAUCUGCCGCAAGUGCUAUUCACGCCUGCCUCCCAGGGCCAAGAGCUGCCGCAAGAAGAAGUGUGGCCACAGCAACCAGUUGCGGUCAAAGAAGAAGUGUAGGUACUGCUGAAGUGCCAUGAAUGAUCAGUUGAAUCGGUUGACUACCUGUUUAAGCUUGCCAGAACUGUCAGAGUUCUAAGUAUCUUGAUGUAAUGUUCUUGCUGGAUGUUGAAAACUUGGUUUAUGGUUCCGGUGCAUGCUCGUGACAUGAUUGUAAUAUGACAGCUUAGCUCUUUUGGCUGGAGGGAGUGCUUAUCUAGUUUAUCUAUGUGCUGUUCUUGUUGUUUUCGGUCUUGAAUCACCU